AUGGGCACGGCGGCGGGCGACAGUGCACACGAGCACCCCAAAGAUCCAAGGAUAGAAACAGUGGACAGCGGACCGAAGGACGUGGGCCUCGUAAAUGACAUGUAUCGGUACGUGCCCCGCGUUGUGGCACGGUGGCUCCUGUGGCGAUUUCUCGAGGUGGUCAUUGUUGGGUCGGUGGUCGCAGCUGCAGCAGCUAGUCGCAGAUACUGCCGCAAGGGCGGUGCCGGGCGGCCUCUGAGUGGCUCGUCAACGGGCUACUGGGCGCACGUCGAAGUCAUCGUCACACAUUUUGAUCAGUGA